AUGGACUUGCCGAUGUCUUUCGAGGUCGCCCAGUACGGCGGCGACGACGCCGUCGUCGGGCCCGUCGUUCAUCCCAUCGACGGUCCCGUCGUUCAUCACAAGUUGGAGCUGCUCCAUCUCCCCCCCGAGACGAUCCAAAAUAUCAUCAGCUUCGUCCCUCUCUCGCUCGCCUCCGAGGCCUCGUUUGAUGCCGGAGAGCAGAUCGCGUCCCGCCGCACGCUCUGCAACCUCUCUCUCACCUGCGAGGCCUUGUGCGACCUGAGCCAGGAGCGUCUGUACUCCACCGUCAGCGUCGACAACGCCAAGAGAUUCGGCCUCCUGCUCCGCUCCGUCGCCGAGAGACCGGCUCUCCUCCUACUCAUGAAGCAGCUCUAUAUUGGCUACUUCACUACCGAUGAAUACUCGUGCGAGAUCGGCCUCCAAGCAUUUGACGCGUACAGCGUCGACUUUUCCCGAUCCCCCCUCGCCAUGCUGGAGAUGGUUCACCGGUGCGGGAACUACGACGCCAAAAGCACCAUCCAGCACCUUGUCGGCUUCUUGCUGGCCGCCGCGUCUCGCCUUGAGAGGCUGGUCUUCGCCUUCAAGCGGAGCUGGGACGUGAACAGAGUGAACCAGAGCACCGAGGUCUUCUUCUCCGACAUCCUCCCGAGUGUCGUCAAUGUGGUCAAUCUCUUCAAGUGCCUGCGGGAGCUCGAGCUCAGAAGCGACACCAGACAGCGCUACGAUAACGCCAACGUCUCCGUCAGCCCUUUCUUCGUGCCCAGCAUUCUCAAGGCCUCGAAGCUGAAGACGCUGCGCAUCCCCUGCGACAACGGCAACUGGCGCUUCUUCGACCGCAUUCGCCCCUCCCAGCACUUCGCGCUCGAGAACAUCGUCCUCAACGGCAGUUCGACCGGCGGAUCCAACCUCAGCCGCCUGCUCUGCCGCUGCCCGAAGCUCAAGAGCCUCGUCAUCGUUCUGAAUUUCCCCGUCUCGCGCUGGGAGACGUUCUUCAUCGGGACCGAGCAAGUCCGCAUCAGCGACUUUCUCCCCGAGUACUGCCCGAAACUCCACACGCUCAGCCUGCAGCUCAAACGCUUCGGCGGCUUCUUCGUCGCGGACGAGGCGUGCUUCCAACGCUUUGUCGACCUGAAGGAGCUCGCGGUCCUGCGCGUCGACCUGCCCGUCCUGUUCAAGGAUGCGAACGACAUGCACCACGCCCACCUGCAAGCGCGCCUCCCGCCCGGCCUGAUGGAGCUGGAGCUCUACGACGUAUGGACCGACGACGGCCGGUUCCAGCGAGAGUAUACACUUCAAGGAGACAGCGACCUGGUCCUCAUCAGCCACGAGAGGGUCGAUGCCAGUGCCGAGCCCCUGACGGUGAUGCUCCGUCGCCUGGCCGCGGUUGCGCCUCACCAUCUGCCCCGCCUUCGAUCUGUUCGCGUCAAGUCCGUCAUCUACGAUCACGACUCCGGACAGACGGCCAACAAGCUUGCGACGGUCUUUGACAACGUCGGAAUCGAGUUCGAGGUCAUCUCGUCUCACGACGGGAAGGACUGCCCCCUUGAGUUUGGCGGUGUGUUGUCGGUGAUGAACCACCUGGCGAUCUAG